AUGUCAACCCCACUUUUCGAUCCUACCCUAAUCUCCCCCGAGGUUGCUUCUUCACUACCAGAUGGGUACUCUAUCCGUCCAGUCCAUAAAUCCGAUUACAGCCAGUUUCUAGAUGUCCUCCGCGUUCUGACGACCGUGGGGGAUAUAUCCGAGGCGGAUUGGGCUGAAAGGUAUGACUGGAUGGCAGCUAGAAAGGACGAAUAUUUCAUCAUUUGUAUCACGGAUGAUAAGGAGAAAGUUGUUGGCGUAGGAAGCUUAAUUAUAGAAAAGAAAUUCUUGAGAAAUCUAGGAAUAGUCGGUCACAUCGAAGACAUUGCUGUUUCAAAAGAUCAACAAGGAAAGAAGUUGGGAUUAAAAAUAAUUCACGCUCUUGAUCAUAUCGCAGGGAAGGUUGGCUGCUACAAGGCCAUCCUCGACUGUUCAGAGAAGAACCAGGGCUUCUAUGAAAAGUGUGGAUAUAAGCAUGCUGGCGUACAAAUGGCACACUAUUAUGAGAAGAAAUAG